GUUGGAGGUCGGGGGGCGAGCCGGGUGGGACGCUGUGUGGAGCCGGAGUGGGCCAGGCCUGAGGGGUUAGGGUUGGAGGUCGGGGGGCGAGCCGGGUGGGACGCUGUGUGGAGCCGGAGUGGGCCAGGCCUGAGGGGUGAGGGUUGGAGGUCGGGGGACGAGCCGGGUGGGACGCUGUGUGGAGCCGGAGUGGGCCAGGCCUGAGGGGUUAGGGUUGGAGGUCGGGGAACGAGCCGGGUGGGACGCUGUGUGGAGCCGGAGUGGGCCAGGCCUGAGGGGUUAGGGUUGGAGGUCGGGGGACGAGCCGGGUGGGACGCUGUGUGGAGCCGGAGUGGGCCAGGCCUGAGGGGUUAGGGUUGGAGGUCGGGGGACGAGCCGGGUGGGACGCUGUGUGGAGCCGGAGUGGGCCAGGCCUGAGGGGUUAGGGUUGGAGGUCGGGGGACGAGCCGGAGUCCCUGCAGACAGGGGUCCUGCCUGGCUUUGGCCUCUGGCAGCUGGCUACGCUAGGGAGAAGUUGUUGCUGUGGGUUUCCUGGAUAGUGGCAAUAGUGGCCUUUUACCUCUGGCUGUGUGGCUAAGCUGGCCUGACUCAAUUGUGUGCUCCCACUUGGUGCAGGGACUGCACAUUCAUGUUCCUCUUGUGCAGAAAGCUUCACCACCUAUCCCAGCCACAGACUGAGCUCUGUCCAGCGCCCCUUACCAGGUGCAGCCUUCAGUGAUUCCAGCGUAUAGGGUGAAACCGUGUAUGUCCCAAGCACGAGCUGGAUGUCAUUUCAGUCUCCAGGCACACACCCUGCCCCUCCUGCUUGCCUCAGCCCAGGUGCUCAAACAGUAGGAGCUGCAAAUGUCAAGUGGGUGACACAGGUUCCUUUUUGGGUUUGUCCUCUGAUCUCUCCAAGGCAAAGGAGCCCAGUGCCAUCUUGUUCUUCCUCUGCAUUCACACCCUUGCUUGUCUCUGCUACUCCCAGUCCUCCACUCUGACCUUUACUCUUGUCUCCCAUCUCAUAUACACUGGCCUACCUUGGCAGCCUUGUCACAAACCUCAUGGCUCUACCUUUCUGAGCACCUCUCUCUGCCUGCAUCAUCUCUCACCUGGGCUACUGAAGCUCUUCCCCAGGGCCACCCCAGCUCUGUGCUGGACCAUUCUCCCUGACCCCAACGGUUGCUACUGCUUUCCCCUCCCUCAGUGAGUGCCUCAGUUCUAAGGGAGUUCCUGUCUCAUUACAGCUAGCAACACAUCUGUGACCCAGAGAAGAAUUCAGGGACCUGUUCCUGAGAGAGGCGUCUUUGAUUGGAGAAAAGGUUACUGUGGCACUUGGUGAACUUUCACUUUUUACGGUGAAGCUCGCACGCUUGGUAAAUCAGCAGGCUCUGCUCACCACAGAAGCUGGGGAUCCUGAGCCCAGAAAACCUGACCCUUCCCUGACUCUCUGCAGAACUCCAGCUGUUAUGGAAGCAAUUGUAACAAUGUACCGGGACUUCAUGAAGGGAACAGACCCCCGCAUAGCUGAGUACCCACUGAUGCAGUCGCCCUUCCUAAUGAUGGGGAUCCUACUGGGCUAUGUCUACUUUGUGCUGUCCCUGGGCCCCCGGCUGAUGGCGAACAGGAAGCCCUUUGACCUGAAGAAGUUCAUGGUGAUCUACAACUUCUUCCUGGUGGGCCUCUCACUCUACAUCGUCUAUGAGUUCCUGAUGGCAGGCUGGCUGACGGGAUACACCUGGAGAUGUGACCCUGUGGAUUUUUCCCAGGACCCCAAGGCCCUUCGGAUGGUCCGUGUAGCUUGGCUUUUUGUCUUCUCCAAGUUAAUUGAGCUGAUGGACACGGUGAUCUUCGUCCUGCGCAAGAAGAAUGAGCAGAUCACCUUCCUGCACCUCUUCCACCAUUCUGUCCUGCCUUGGAGCUGGUGGUGGGGUGCUAAGUUUGGCCCAGGGGGAAUGGGUUCCUUCCAUGCCAUGAUCAACUCCAUGGUGCAUGUCAUCAUGUAUUCCUACUACGGGCUUUCUGCGGCAGGGCCUGCCUUUCAGAAGUACCUCUGGUGGAAGAAGCACAUCACAGCUGUCCAGCUGGCGCAGUUCGUGAUUGUCUCCAUCCACAUCUCCCAAUACUACUUCAUGCCCGGCUGCCAGUACCAGUACCCCAUCUUCAUCCACCUUAUCUGGAUUUAUGGGACCAUCUUCUUCAUCCUCUUCUCCAACUUCUGGUACCACUCCUACACCAAGGGCAAGCGGCUGCCCAAGGGGGCCCAGUAUCCAGCCCAGCUCCAACACAACGGCAUCAGCCUGCACGAGAACAGCGCUGUCACCAACGGCAAAGUGAAAGCCAACUAGAGGGCCAGCCCCUCCCAGAGCCAAUGAGAGCCCCGGGGCAGAGGUGGCUGGGACUGUCCCCCUGCUUCUGGGUGUUACUAGCCAAAUCAAGUGCCUACAGACUGUUGUAUCCCAAGUGCCCGGCCCUGCUCCCUGCUGCCCUGUCUGUCUUCAGGCACGGCCCCUCUGCUCUGGGUAGCUUCUCCCACCAUUGUGGGGGAGGCUCCUGCUGCUUCCUGCCAUGUGAGCAGAGGAGCAGCCACCUGCGUCGCUGGCAGAGGGGUUACAGCCCUGCUCUGUUGUCUCCAAAGGAACUUCCCCUUAAGUGCCUGUCUGCCCCUUCUGCCAGGGCCCCCUUCCUGCACCAGGAGGCUGCUCCAUGGUGAGUAGGACCAAACAUGGAGCCCACCCCACCUUUGCCAUGUGUUUGGGCCCUAUGUGAAUGAGGGGAGUCACUCUCCAUUUGACUCCAGGUGCUCCCUGUGCCCCUCUGCUCUCAGCACUGCUGCCUGGGAGUGUAAGGCCCUGGGCCUCACUCCCACCUCAAGGACCCUGGGUCCUCCUAAUCCAUCAUCUGUCCUUGCCACUUCAUUGCAUUUCAUUGUGCUGCUCCUUCCCGGCUCCAGUAUGCAUAGCGAGGGGUUGCUGGGCCCUGCACUGAAAGCUCUGGCACUCCAGGACAGCUGGAUGGGGUGCAGGGUCAGGUCCCACUCUGGUUACUACUUGAAUGUGAGGCUGGGCCUACCACCCCUGUGCACUGGCUGACCCUUUUCACCCUGUGCCUUGCACACACAUGGGCCAUGCUGACACUUGGGGGGGGGGGGGGGGAAAGCCGUUCCCAGAGCGCAUGCUCCCGGCCUGCCUGCACCCUUCUUUCUUGGCUGGCUGUGGGGCGAGUGAGUCCUUUCUGGCCAUGGCUGCCUAUGCCUCUGCUGGCUGCCUGAGAGCUAGCCUCUUCAGGUUAUGGCUUGGUCCAGUGUCGGAGCAACUGCGUUUUUGUCUCCCUCUGCUUAAUACCCGUAAACUCAAGACUGGAGCAAUAAUCUCCCCUGGAAUUUGCUCCAUUGCUGCCGUGGCAUUGGGCCAAUAGUACGCUGAAGCCCAGCAGCCGUGUGCACAGUGAGAGGAGGUCAGAGCAUGGCCUCAGCCCUCUUCCUCCCAGUGGCCCUGCUGUCCCUUGUGCAGGUUCCCAGGACAGCGCCCUUUGUGCCUUGUAAGUGUUUCCACUUGGCAUGAGGGGCCUGUUCUUGCAUUUGGGAGUAGUGCAGCAGCUGGUCAGUGGGCAUCUCCCACUCUGGCUGCAGUCCAAGCCUUGUUGGUGUGCAUCCUGUGGGGGAAGUAGGGGGCCGUGAGCACCCCCCCCCCAAUCCGGGCUGCUCUUGUGUAUCUCCAGAAAUAAAGACAGAAGGAGAAGCGGCUCUA